AGUAUAGCAAAUUCCAUAUUUUUAUUUCUGUAUCGGGUAUAUUACGGUUAAAAACAGUUUAUCAGCUGCAUUGCAGUCAGCUGUCAUUAUUUACGGCGAUCUCACUUCACUUCGUUAGCCGGUUGGAAAGGAAGUAAUUAGACGAUUUGCUGCUAGAGUGGGGAACUCACCUGGUUUGAUGACGUAUUGAAAGCAUUUUGUAACUACACAGCUCAUAAAAUUUAAGUUGUAAAAUCAAUUGCUAACGGAAUUGUAUUAUGUCGGCCAAAACCUCAUAUAGCGUUUUAAUAACUGUGAUAUUGAUUGUGCCUUUGCUGGUCGAGGCAACCAUUUCACCGAGGAAAGGUCGUGUUGAAAAAACCAAAACAACCAAACCGUUAAAUGUGUUGGCUGGACCACAAAAUGAGUCUGUUUUCGACCGUAAUUUGAUUAAUAUGCGUCCUCUUCCACAAGACAUUCUAGAACAUAAUGCAGCAUUUUAUAAGGAUACGACAUACCGUAACUUCAAUGGGACUGUGCUUGGCUAUGUUACUGCGUGGAAUGCACAUGGAUAUGAUGUGGCGAAAAUUUUUGCUCGAAAAUUCGAUAUUAUCUCACCCGUUUGGUUCCAAAUUGUCAAGGACGGUGAUGAAUAUAAAAUAGCUGGUGGCCAUGAUGUUGAUGUCAAUUGGAUGAGGGAAUUGAAGCGCAAAGGGAAGCAGGAACGCGGUACUAUAAAAAUUUUUCCACGUUUUAUAUUUGACAAAUUCACGGAACGGGACUUUUCACGUUUGUUGAGCUUGGAAACCGAAAGGGUACGACUAAAUGAAAUGUUGAUUAAUGUUUGCAAAAACUAUGAAUUUGAUGGCAUUGUCAUUGAAUUUUGGACACAACUUGGAGGACGUGUCGAGGAUACAUUUUUAAUUACGUUAGUACAAAAAAUGAGCGAAGCACUUAAAAAAGAAAAUUUGCGUCUAAUACUUGUUAUACCGCCAUAUCGUCAAGAAAUUCCAAACUUAUUCACUGAAAGACAUCUGAAUCAACUGUAUAAACACGUUUACGCAUUUUCGCUAAUGACCUACGAUUAUUCGAACCCACAGCGACCAGGUGCAAACUCUCCAUUAUACUGGGUACGACAGUCAGUGGAGCUAUUAGCUCCGCCCACAACAAAUGAUGUUAAAACAAAAAGGCGUAAACUUCUAUUGGGCCUCAAUAUGUAUGGAAAUGAUUAUACACCCGACGGUGGCGGCCCAAUAGUUGCAGGACAGUUUUUAAAGCUUUUGAAAUAUAUGAAAAAGCGUUUACCCUUUGAUGAAUUGGAUGUUGAAAACUACUUCGAAGUAAAAUCCGAAGAUGGUAGACACAUGAUUUUCUAUCCUACACUUUAUUCCGUUCAUGAACGUAUAAAACUUGCUCAUGAAUUGGGCACUGGAAUAUCUAUUUGGGAGUUGGGUCAAGGAUUAGACUAUUUUUAUGAUCUCUUUUAAUGCUGUUUUUAAGAUAUUAGAGCAUUCAUAAGCAAUAUUUUAUUUGGUAAGUAAGUUAUUCUAGUUAUCUUAACAAAUGCAGAAUACGUGAAUUGUAACUUAACAUUCCCGGAACAAUGUUCAAAAACUACACGAAAAAGUACGCUAAACGAACUUAGAAUAUAAACGAUAAAUUUCAAGAACGACUCGAAA